AUGAAGCCUGUUGUAGGUCAGAAAUUCCAGUCAUUGGAUUUCGCUUUUGCUUUCUACGACAUAUAUGCCCGGGCAGUUGGCUUUGAUACGCGCAAACAAGCUAUGAGGAAGGUUGAUGAUGUCACCACGUGGUAUCAAGUUGUAUGCAAUAGGGAAGGACGGAAGAAGGGUGAAGAGGAUGACCAGUUGAAUGCCCGUUCUGGUUUCACAAUCAAGCGUAGGAAGUUAUCUAAGCGGUGUGGUUGUACAGCUAAUAUAUCCUUCAGGUUUUUCUCGGAAGAUUGCUCGUCAGGAUACAUAAUUCAGGAGUUCAAUGAGAUUCAUAACCAUCAUAUGGUUGAGAUGGAACAGCAGAAAUUCAUGUCAAGUAAUCGCAAGUUGGAUGAUGUACAUCACAAAUUUAUACUAGACUGUUCCAGGGCGAAUAUAGGACCCACGCUUACAUUUAAGGUAUUGAAGGAGAUUCUUGGUGGGUUUGACCUGGCUGGUUGCACUGUGGGGGAUAUCAGGAAUGCCUCACGGGACAUAAAAGCAUAUGCACAAGGAGUUGAUGUACAAAUGGUGUUGGAUGACAUGGCUAGGAAGAAGGAGAUGUCCGAGGCUUUCACCUAUCACUACGAAGUUAACGAAUUUGACCAGUUGGUUGUUUUGUUUUGGUGCGAUGGUGUGAUGAAGAGAAAUUACCACAUGUUUGGUGACAUUGUGUCCUUCGACUCCACAUACAACACAAAUAGGUACUGUAUGAUAUUCACUCCUUUCACUGGAAAGGAUAAUCAUGGUAGUCCUGUGACAUUUGCGGCCGGGUUGGUGUGCAGCGAGAAAACAGGGGCAUUUGCUUGGCUGUUCAGACAUUUUAUAGAUUGUAUGGGUGUAGCACCCAGGAUGAUUGUGACCGAUCAAGAUUUGGGUAUGCGAUCAGCGAUUGAAGAAGUCCUCGUCGGCACGCGUCACCGUUGGUGUAUGUGGCAUAUAAUGCAUAAAUUGGCAGUCAAGGUACCAAACAGAUUAUUGCGGGACGACGAUUUCAAAAAGGAGUUUAACGCUUGUGUUUGGUCGGACCUAUUAGAGCCGGAGGAAUUCGAGGAGGAGUGGAAUAGAUUGGUUGAACAUCAUCAGCUGGAGGACAUCGACUGGUUCAACACAUUGUAUGCAUAUAGGAGGUACUGGAUACCGGCGUACUUUAGGGAUUUUCCUAUGGGUUCGAUGAUUAGGACUACGUCCAUAUCUGAACCAGAGAACAGUUUCUACAAAAAUUAUCUGAAGCCCAGAGCAAACAUAGCUGAAUUCUACCUGAGUUUCAACCACGCCAUAGAAUUCCAGUGGAAUAGUAGAACAGCUUUGGACUACCACGAUGCCACGUCCAUACCCAUACUCGCAACUACUCUGCCGUUCGAGAAACAUGCUUCUACAUUGUUUACCGACAGUAUGUUCAGGAAAAUACAACAAGAAAUAGUCGAAGGUAAUGAUAGAUGUCGUGUGCUGAGUUUUAUGUCAGGAGAAACUGCUGACACAUACAAGCUUGGCGAUAGCAAGCGCAAUGCAUAUUUUGUUCGUCAUGACAAGACGGAUGAUUCUUACUCGUGCGAAUGCAAGCUUUUUGGUCGCCAUGGUUAUUUGUGCAGUCAUAUUUUCUUCCUAUUUCAGAACAAUGAGGUGAAAAAAAUCCCGGAGAAAUAUUGUGAAAGCAGAUGGAUGAAGACGCCCUUAGCCAAGGCUUUUGAGACCGACAUCGGCGCAUUACGUGCAUUUGUAGCUGGCGUCGAAGAACUUGGCAACUCACUUCAAACUGGUAAUCCGGUAACCUCAGUCGCUGAGAAGAGGCGUAUGGUUGAAGAGUUUUACGGAAUGGCAAGGCCUGAAACUGUUGCAGUACAUCCUCCCGAUGUUGUGAAGACGAAGGGUCACGCCAGCAGCUCGGCGAGCCGUCUGAUUUCAAAGAGAGACAAGGCUAUAAAGGAUGCGACUAGGCCUCUUAGACGGUGUAAGGGUUGCGAUGAGAUGGGUCAUCACGACUCUAGGAAUUGUCCUGUGCUUAAAGAGAUGAGGAUGGAGAAGGAUGCUGGCAAGGGGAAAAAUCCAGCUUGA